GAGAGAAGAAAGAGAAAGAGAGUGAGAGGGGAAGGUGGCGAGCGUGAGCGCGAGAGACAGCGCGAGAGAAGAGCGUGUACACCCCUCUCCCUCCCCGCGUCGCGUCGCGCGCGCGGUGCACCGCGCCGUCCGUCCACCUUUCGCGUUGCCGCGAGUGCACGGGAUAAAAUGGCGCUUGCUUUCGUCCGUGCACCUCUAUCGACCGUGACGGACUGUUCGGCGGAAUCGCGUCGGCACUACUCGCCACGGCCCUUCUGAAGGAACCAAACGACGUCCCGUGUGCGCUCCCCUCGUCGUUUCCCGUCGGCGAUCCCCGAUUGUCGACGCUGCCCGUCGUGAUCGUCGUGCCCCUUUCUUCAAUCGCCGUCGUCGUCGUCGUCGUCGUCAUCGUCAUCAUCGUCAUCGUGCGUCCGGGGUACUGUGUGUAUGUGCGAAUAUUGAAGCAUCAGAGGGAGCUAUCGCGAUUUUUCAGAGAGCGGCGAUUUCGAAACGAGUGAGCCAGAGUGAGCUUUCAAGAACGCGGCAGCCAGUUACAGAGAAAACCAGCAGCCUGCCACAAAACCGUAUCGCCAUGUAAAGCAAACAGGAAGUAUCGAUUCGUUUGCCAUUCAGAGAAGUUUCGCGCGUUCGCGGACAAAACAAGAUGACGGUUCUGCGAUAAAAACUAUCGAGCGACAUUAUAACGUUAUCAAUCAUCCGAAGUCGUCAUCCGAGCCGAGUAUCAAAGUACGUGUGAUUGGGAGCGUCGCGUGAGUGCGUUGGAAUUGUAAAAAUAAAUAAGAGCCGUCGUCGUCGGGGCGAUAAGCUGGAGCAUAAGCGGGCAGGGAAGGUGGUGGCCGCUGAGGAAGGCGGAGGUGGUGGUGCCGACGAGGAGGGUGGAGAGAUCCGGCGGUGGCGACCGGUGGCCGCACGUCGUCGUCGGUUGCCGUGACGCGCGACGCAAGACGACGCAACGCGACGCGAGGCGCGCGGGGGAAGGCAUGAGGAGGGCUCGAGAGUGACGACGCUGCCGGUGUGCUGCAUCCUCGCACGGAUCGUGAGAGGACUGGCGGCCGUCCACCGCGGGGCCCACAUGGCGAUAAGGAUGGCCCCCUUCAAUAUGCCGGGCGUAGCAGGGCUCCUAGCCACCUGCGCCGCCGUUGCUGCUUCCGCUGCCCACCUUCUGCCGUUGCUGCUGUUGCUAAUCUGCCCGCGAGGGAUCCAGGCGGAACAAGUUGUUCUCUUGGACACGACGACAGAGGAGAAACUCGACUGGACGAGAUACCCGUUCGGGCCUCAAGCUAGCACGCCUGGCUGGGUAGAGGAGUCUUUCACGAACUUCGACAAAGGUAUCAAUUGGCGGAGUUAUGUUGUAUGCGACGUAGCGUACAACAAUGUGAACAACUGGCUGUGGACGCCAUUCAUAGAGAGGGGUCCGGCGAACCGCAUGUACAUAGAAAUCAACUUCACGACCCGCGACUGUUCGCUGUUUCCCGGGAACGCUCUCAGCUGUAAGGAGACCUUCAGUCUACUUUACUACGAGUUCGACGCCGCCACCAAGGAGCCGCCCCCGUGGGAGCCGGAUAGUUACAAACUUAUCGGUCGCAUAGCCGCGGGCGAGGGCAGGUUCAACACGAAUUCCGAGGUGGUAAUAAACACCGAGGUGAAGUCGAUCCCGGUGACGAAGAAGGGCGUCUACUUCGCCUUUCGCGAUCAGGGCGCCUGCAUAUCGAUUCUGGCCAUCAAGGUGUACUACAUCAGCUGUCCCGAGAUCUCGGUGAACUUCGCCCAUUUCCCGGCCACGCCGACCGGUCGCGAGGUCGCACUUAUCGAGCAAACGCGCGGCACUUGCGUGGCGAACGCCAUCAAAAUCGCCCAGCCGACUUUCCUCUGCAAGGGAGACGGAAAAUGGUACCUUCCGACGGGUGGAUGCCACUGCAAGCCUGGCUACCAGGCUGACGUGGACAAGCAAGAGUGCAAGGAGUGUCCGAUAGGCAAGUUCAAACACGAGGCAGGCUCUCAUGCCUGUGAACCAUGUCCAGAGCACAGCAAAGCUUCCGAUUACGGCUUCACGGAGUGUCGUUGCGAUCCGGGCUAUUAUCGGGCGGAAAAGGAUCCUAAAAAGAUGCCUUGCACGCAACCACCUUCGGCGCCGCAAAACCUGACCGUCAACUUUGUUGAUCAGUCCACGGUGAUUCUUUCCUGGAAUGCGCCGCAUAUGCAGGGUGGCAGGUCCGACACGACUUACCGAGUGGACUGCGAUUCCUGCAGCAUGGGCGUCAAGUACAUUCCCAAUACCGAGAUCUUCAACGACACGAAGAUCACGAUAACCGGCCUGAACGCGGUGACUACUUAUCGCUUCCAAGUGUUCGCCGAGAACGGCGUAUCGUCGUUGGUCGGCAAAUCGGAAUACGUGGACAUUACCGUUACGACAGAGGCGAGCGUGCCGAGUCUAGUGAGCAACGUCAGGAUCACCAGCGUCAAGAGCUCGGAGCUUAGCAUCAGCUGGGACGCGCCGGACAUCGGAGCCGGCGGAGACAACGAUCUUGUCGAACGAUACGAAGUGAGGUGUUACCCGCGCUACGACGACGCCACUAAUGCAACCGUCAUUCAAACGUCUGAGCUGUCCGCCACGUUCAAAGGUCUCAAGCCUUCCACGGAUUACGCGAUACAGGUUCGCGCUAAGACCACCCGCGGCUGGGGCGAGUACACGCCGGUGAUAUUUAAAAAGACACCCCACGCUAUGGGCCUAGAUUACGUCGGCGAGGACGACAACAUGCAAGUUAGGAUAAUCGCAGGGGCGAUCGUUGCCGUGGUCGUACUUCUCGUGAUUAUUAUCAUCAUGACCGUUCUGAUCCUCAGAAGCAGGGCCUCGGACGAGUGCAACAAGAAGCAGCCAAGCGAUUGCGACACCCUGGAGUAUAGAAACGGCGAAGGACUAGUUGUGACCUACAUGCACUGCAAAAUGGACAGUUCACCGAUUGUGACAACCCAUACCAACAACAAGAGCAAGUCCUCGCUGACCACGCCGCUGUUCACACCUGCAGUGGGGGUCGCCGCGACGGGCGCAGGCGGCGCAGGCGGUGCAGGUGCAAGGAGUUACGUGGAUCCUCACACCUACGAGGACCCGAAUCAGGCGGUGCGCGAGUUCGCCCGGGAGAUCGACGCCGGAUACAUCACGAUAGAAGCUAUCAUAGGUGGCGGAGAGUUUGGCGAUGUCUGCCGAGGAAAGCUGAAAUUGCCUCCUGACGGACGGACGGAAAUAGACGUGGCCAUAAAGACCCUGAAGCCGGGCUCCGCCGACAAGGCUCGUAACGACUUCCUCACGGAGGCGUCGAUAAUGGGUCAGUUCGAGCACCCCAACGUGAUAUUCCUGCAAGGCGUGGUGACAAAGAGCAAUCCGGUGAUGAUUAUCACGGAGUUUAUGGAAAACGGCAGUCUGGAUACCUUCCUGCGCGCGAACGACGGCAAGUUCCAAGUGCUUCAGCUGGUGGGCAUGCUGCGCGGCAUCGCUAGCGGUAUGCAGUACCUGGCAGAGAUGAAUUAUGUGCACCGCGACCUCGCCGCGAGAAACGUGUUAGUCAACGCUGCCCUGGUUUGCAAGAUCGCUGAUUUUGGACUUAGUAGAGAAAUCGAAAGUGCCACAGAGGGUGCUUACACGACAAGGGGCGGUAAAAUCCCGGUACGGUGGACGGCACCGGAGGCGAUAGCGUUCCGUAAAUUUACGAGCGCUUCCGAUGUUUGGAGCAUGGGUAUCGUAUGCUGGGAGGUAAUGUCGUAUGGCGAAAGACCGUACUGGAACUGGUCGAAUCAAGAUGUGAUAAAGUCGAUCGAGAAGGGCUAUAGACUUCCAGCGCCGAUGGAUUGUCCGGAGGCUAUCUAUCAGCUGAUGCUCGAUUGCUGGCAAAAGGAGCGCACUCAUCGGCCAACCUUUGCCAAUCUUACGCAGACUUUGGAUAAGCUCAUACGAAGCCCGGACACGCUGAGAAAAAUCGCUCAGAACAGAAUCAGGGAAAGGGGUGCUCCACCCUCAACCCCACCCGCCUCGUCGGAAUCUUCGAACGUGCAUUUGAGAAACAGGGGCACGAAUCCACUGGCGCCGGACGCGGUGGACCUAACGCAAUUGAAUUCCGUCAGCGAGUGGCUGGCCUCCAUCAAGAUGUCACGAUACGCAGAGAGCUUUGAACGGGCGGGUGUGACGACGCUGGAGGCAGCGGCGCGUGUCACCGUUCAGGAGCUCACAGCCCUCGGUAUAACGCUCGUGGGACACCAGAAGAAGAUUAUGAACAGCGUAACGGCGUUACGAGCGCAGAUGUCCGCCACCUCGCAGGGUUUCCUCGUGUAAUCGCGACCUCAUAAUCCCGCAAACGAGUACGUAGAAAUCGGCUGAUCGGCACGGAACUUCGCUAUCCCAUGGAUCUCACGAAUCCCCGCUUAUUCGACGCGCUCCAAUAGGGGGUCAGUCGUCCCGGAGAAGGCUGACAUCGACCCCACCCGUGUAUCAUCCAGGACUCGUGAUUACCUAGUCAGAGCGACGAUGUCCUCGAGAGAAUAUCUUUUCGCGCGCCAAUUAGUUCCGACGAACUAAACGGUGGCUGACUCGAGCGAUGCUUUCAUGAUACGCGAAUGCCGGCUCACUCCGAGAGAUUCAAGGCACUGCCAUAGACAUUCCACGUCAGCGAGAUUGGGAAGAAAAUCCACUCUUUGCAUUUACAACCUCCCUCGGGAGGAAGGAGUACGAGGAUGUAUUCGUCAGCUCGCAUCUAUAACAUUGCAACGAUUUACCAAACCCGUAGAUGGAUACAUCUGCUACGAAACUAUCACGACC